AUGCGUCGGCAUCGCAGUGCCUCACCUGGCACAGCACCAGGUGUGGUGACCUCAGGUGCUCGGGGAGAAGUAUGGCGCGCUGUGGCCCUCCAGGCACAUUUGCUCGGCAAAGACUCUCGUCCGCAAGCUCGAAGCGCUUCCGCUCGGCGACGCCAGGACAGCCCGCAAUUCGGCGCAGCACAGCCUUCCAGGAGCGCGCCAUGCCCUGGAUUUCGACAUGCAGAGCUUGACUAUGAUGAGAAGCUCAAGCGACACGAGGCCUCGCUCACCCUAGCGCAGCGCCUUGGUUUAGUGGCGAAGCCCUCGCAGCCUUUGACAGCUGAGCAGUGGGAGAAGGUGAAGCAUGCCUCUGACUCCCGCCAAGAUAGCGAAGUUCCCUGUAGCAUCUGCCUGGAUGAUUUUCGAACCAGGCCCCAGGUGAUCCUUAGUUGCAGUCACGUUUUCCAUGGCGAGUGUUUGCGCAGCUUCGAGCGUUUCUCUGGAAGCCGCUACUGCCCGUUGUGCAGGUGCCCAUACUUUGAUGCAACUAUUCACCACUCCGGACUCAUGGUUUGGCGAAAGAAGUGCGCGAGCAGGAUCCAACGGGCAUGGCGGGGCUACCGCAGUCGGGACCAGCUCUUUCUUCAGUUGCGACAGCCGGAGAUUCGGGCAGAAGCCCCGACCCUGUCCCAACCUCGAAGUUUGGAUGCUGCUAGCAGCUGCUAG